AUGGAUGCUGUUGUGCUACCGCAACCUAACGGAGACAUUCUAAUCAGUCCUGGAAAUGGUAUUUCAGGGGAGGCUGUCAAGAAGCGGUUGUCAGUUGAACGGAUUUAUCAGAAGAAAACCCAACUAGAACACAUACUUCUUCGGCCUGAUUCUUAUAUUGGUUCCACAUUGAAAGACACUCAGCAAAUGUGGGUCUUGGAUGAGAGUCAGCAGCAUAUGGUCAAUCGCGACAUCACAUUUUCUCCUGGUCUAUAUAAGAUUUUUGAUGAAAUUCUGGUAAAUGCUGCCGACAACAAAGUUAGAGAUCCAACCAUGUCAUGUAUUAAAAUUGACAUCAAUCCUGCUGAAAAUAUGGUCCGCAUCUGGAAUGACGGCAAAGGGAUCCCAGUUGUUCACCACAAAGUUGAAAAUACCUACGUCCCUACUCUGAUAUUUGGCCACUUACUCACUUCAAGCAAUUAUGAUGAUACUGAACGGAAAGUGACAGGUGGAAGAAAUGGUUAUGGCGCCAAGUUAUGCAAUAUCUUUAGCAAGAAGUUCAUUGUAGAAACAUCCUCUAAAGAAUACAAGAAAAGUUUCCGGCAGGUAUGGGUCGAAAAUAUGACAAAGACAUCUGAUCCGAAAAUUUUGGCUGAUAAAGGCGAUGAUUUUACUUGCAUUACAUUCUAUCCCGAUCUUGCACGUUUCGGUAUGAGUGAGCUAGAACAAGAUACCGUAUCUCUUUUUACUCGUCGGGCAUAUGACAUGGCUGCAACCUGUAAUGGAGUUAAAGUUUUCCUUAAUGGCAAAAGAUUACCCAUAAAAAGUUUUGUUGACUACGUAAACCUUUUUAUCAAACCCAACAAAGAUGACGGAGACAGUAUUAAGGUUGUGUAUGAAGCAGUCAACCCGCGUUGGCAGGUAGCAGUAGCAGUUAGUAACACAGGCUUUCAGCAAGUCAGUUUUGUUAACAGCAUUGCAACUACUAAAGGCGGAACACAUAUUAAUUAUGUGAGUGAUCAAAUUGUAAACAAGUUAAUGGAUAUCGUUAAAAAAAAAUCCGGGAAAUCUGGUGUCCAAAUCAAACCUUUUCAAAUAAAGAAUCAUAUGUGGUUGUUUGUCAACUGUCUUAUAGAAAACCCCACGUUUGAUUCCCAAACAAAGGAGAAUAUGACUCUGCAAACAAAAAGUUUCGGGUCUACGUGUACUUUAAGUGAGAAGUUUAUUGGACAGGCUUCAAAAUCGGGUAUAGUUGAAAAUGUACUAUCUUGGAUUCGUUUUAAAGCAAUGGAGAAAAUGGACAAGCAAUGUCACAAAUCCAAACAUUCUAAGCUCAAAGGAAUACCUAAAUUAGAUGAUGCAAAUAAUGCAGGGACUAAAAAUUCCUCUCAGUGCACUCUUAUUUUAACAGAGGGUGACUCAGCCAAAACUUUAGCUGUGGCUGGUCUUGGCGUUGUCGGUAGAGACAAUUAUGGUGUCUUUCCAUUAAGAGGCAAACUACUGAAUGUUCGUGAAGCAUCCAACAAACAAAUUAUGGAAAAUGCAGAAAUAAACGCACUGAUUAAAAUUCUUGGACUCCAAUACAAACUGAAAUAUGAGUCGGCGGAUACGCUGAAAGAUUUACGCUACGGCAAGAUUAUGAUUAUGACUGAUCAGGAUCAGGAUGGUUCUCAUAUUAAGGGUUUAAUAAUAAAUUUUGUUCAUUGUAACUGGCCAAAUUUACUAAAGCAUAACGUAGUGGAGGAAUUCAUUACUCCAAUUGUAAAAGUGUUUAAAGGGAAACAAGAAUAUUCAUUCUACAGCUUACCAGAAUUUGAGGAGUGGCAAAAAUCAACUCCAAACUGGCAUACUUGGCGUGUAAAAUACUACAAAGGUUUGGGUACUUCAACAAGCAAGGAAGCUAAGGAGUACUUUUCUGAUAUGAAUCGUCAUCGGAUUCGAUUUCGCUACAGUGGGAUUGAAGAUGAUGGAAGCAUUCAAUUGGCUUUCGACAAAAGUAAGAUAGCUGAUCGUAAAAACUGGUUGACCAACUUUACACAAGAACGUAAACGUCGACGUGAAUUAGGUCUCCCGGAACCUUACUUGUAUGGGAAAGAUACUCGAGCUAUAACUUAUCACGAUUUUGUUCACAAAGAGCUAGUGUUGUUUUCGAAUUUGGACAACGAACGGAGUAUUCCAUCUGUUGUAGACGGGUUGAAACCUGGACAGAGAAAGGUACUGUUCACCUGUUUAAAAAGAAAUCUUAUUAGAGAAAUUAAAGUUGCUCAGCUUGCUGGUUCUGUUGCUGAGCUGUCGGCUUAUCAUCAUGGUGAACAAUCCUUGAUGAGCACGAUUAUUGGUUUAGCUCAAAACUUUGUCGGAUCAAAUAAUUUAAAUUUGCUUCAACCAAUUGGUCAGUUUGGUACACGACUUAGUGGAGGUAAAGAUGCUGCAUCUCCUCGUUAUAUAUUCACUGCCUUGAACUCACUUACACGACUUAUUUUCCAUUUGGAGGAUGAUCCUCUGUUAAAUUAUCUAUACGAUGAUAAUCAACGUAUUGAACCCGAAUGGUAUGCUCCAAUAAUUCCCAUGGUCCUUGUCAAUGGAGCAGAUGGUAUCGGAACUGGCUAUGCAACGCAUAUUCUCAACUAUAAUGUUAUAGAGAUAAUAAACAACCUUUAUCGUAUGUUAGAUGGCGAAGAACCGCAUCGUAUGUUGCCGAACUUCCGUGGCUUUACUGGUACCAUUGAGGAUUUGGGUAAUAAUCGUUAUGUUUGCUAUGGAGAAGUUGCUGUUCUAGAUGAUGAUACUUUGGAGAUUACUGAACUUCCUAUCCGGGUCUGGACACAGAACUACAAAGAAUCUGUUUUAGAGCCUAUGUUGAAUGGUUCAGAAAAGGUCCCUGCUUGUAUCACAGAUUACAAAGAAUACCAUACAGAUGUCACUGUGCGGUUCGUUGUUAAGAUGUCUCCUGAAAAAUUGCGGGAAGCCGAAUCUAAUGGACUUCAUAAAUUUUUUAAGCUUCAAACAGUCAUGAGUACCGGUUCGAUGGUUUGCUUCGAUCCUUUAGGUUGUUUAAAGUGUUAUCCCAAUGAGAUGGUUAUCAUCCGCGAAUUCUACGAAUUACGUCUUACAUGGUAUGAAAAACGGAAGGUCUACUUAGAAGGUGUAUUGUCUGCAGAGGCUCGGAAACUAGAAAAUCAAGCCAGGUUCGUCCUUGAGAAAAUUCAGUCUAUUAUGGUGAUCGAAAAUAAACCAAAGAAAGAAUUGAUUCGUAUGCUUAAAGAAGCCAAUUAUGAUUCAGAUCCUGUUAAGGCAUGGAAAGAAAGCAUAGACAAAGCAGCUGCUGUGCAAGAACAGGAAGAAGCUCGUACAGAUGAAGGUACCCCUCAAACUGAAGCGGUUGAAGCAGGUCAACCUGACUACAAUUAUAUUUUAAAUAUGCCUUUAUGGAGUUUGACAAAAGAGCGUAAAGAUGACUUACUCGCUCAAAGAGAUGCUAAGCAAAAAGAAUUACUCACUCUAAAAAGUAAAUCUCCUUCCGAUUUGUGGCGUGAAGAUCUUAAGAAAUUAGAGGAGGAGUAUAAGAAAGUAGAAGCGGAGUUGGCCACUGAGGAACAGGCUGCAAUCGAAGCAGCUGAAAAAAAAUUAAAAAUAGCAUCGACUACAGCAGCUGGUCGUGUUGCUGCUACAAAAUCACGUAAAUUAGCAAUGGAAACAAGACCAGAUCCAAUGGGUAGACGAAUUGUUCCGACAGUAGAUGCUGAUAUGAUGAAGAAGGUGGAGGGAAAUAAGAAGAAACGAAAUAAAGCAGAAAAUGAUCCAAAUGAAGGUAACGAGUUGGAUAAUAGUUUCGAAGUGAAUGAUGAAGAAAACUAUGGAAAUGAUGAACCUAAACCGCUUGCUCAGCGUCUUGGUGUUUCUGAAAAAACAGAUGUACUGAAGACAGCUACUACACGUGGACGUGGUAAAGGAAGAACUGUCCCAACAAGUCGUCCAAAGCUUCCGAAACCAUCUAGUCCAAAUAUUAGUCCUGUUAAACGUAAAAAUGUGGGUGGAAAUGCCAAGCGUAAACGGUCUAGUCGUAUGCCAUGGGAGUCUGGCUCUGACACAGGAGACUCAGAAAGUCAUGUCUCUAUUGAUAGUGAUAAUGAUUACAUUUCCCCAAUUUCUGGUGGACCUGCUGUUGAUCGUGUACGACGUGAAAAAGCUGCAGCAACAAAAUAUGUUUUCGAUAAUGACAGUAGUAGUAAUGAAGAAGACAAUGAACGAGAGGAGAAUUUUCAAGUUGUUGAUCACGGACAAGGAAAUAAAGAGAUUGAUAUACCGAUUGUCCCAGAAAUUCCAGACACUAAGUCAUCGUCAAUCCCAUCAAGUAGCAGUGGUGGUUGUACAUCUGUAAAGGCUGAUUCUAGGUCAACAUCUCGUGGUGCUUCUGCUAUUGCAUCAGGUCGUGGACGUGGUCGUGGUGGCAAAGGACGGCAGUUUUCAGCUCCACCUAAAUCACAACCUAGUAUCAAAUCAAUGUUUCCUCCUACUCAGAAGAAAACCACAAUAAAUAUUUCAACAGACGAUGAUUCUAAUGAUGCCGCAAGUAUAACUACUUCUCAAAAAGAGCCUAGAGUAAAUUCUCGACGUACUGUAACAAAUCGUGCUCGAUACGUAUUUGAUGAUGAUGAUGAUGAAGAUGACCAUCUAGAUGUUGAUUCAGAUGACAGUGGUGCCAAAAAACAAUCCAAAGGUGGUUCACAUAAACGUCGGAAAAACGAUGAUGAUAGCGAUUUUGAACCCGAAAAGGUUAAGAAGGGCAAGUCAAAGAAGGGAGCUCUAGAUGACUCAGAUUUUGAAUUCUCCGAUUAG